UGAUUAUUAUUACAUUGGUUGAGAACAUGUGGGCUUUGUGAUGUCAUAGCUAUGACAUCACCUCAACGCAGGCCAAGGCUCCUUUCUGACAACCACAGCAAAGGGUGAUGCCUUGGCUGGUGUUUUGGCUAAUAGCCCAGGACAUUGCAGGAUCCCAUGGAUGCCUGAAAUGCAAUGCAGAUGCCAUGGCAGUUGUGAAGGAAUUCAAAGAUAUCUACCUGGACAAGCAUCUCUUCUGGAACCCACAGCUCAAAACAAAACUGAAGGCAGACUUGGAUAAUUUCUUAGAAGAGCUCCCUCAUCAGGAAAUCAAUCAAAAAAAAUACAUGGCUGUUAUUGAUGACUUUUCGCUGGCAGACUUAGGUGCCCACUUCAAACGCUGUUUGAAACACAUCAUGGAAAAUGAAGUUAAAGAGGCUCAGCUUCAUAAAGAGAUGGAUUCGUGUUUUCAGAAGCUACUGACUGUUUUUCACGAGCUAUUGCCCAGAGUUGCAACAUAUUAUUGCAGCAAUGAAUGCGAACCCUCCUUCUGGUCCUCUCGUUCUGCAGGUGUGAUGAGCUACGUGCUUACUCAUUGCUUCACGUGCCUCGUACGGACUUACACAUGCAACAAGAAAUACCGGUGUGGAGAAAGGAGGAUACAAGUGGAAAUGGAUGAAGAUCUGGUUCUGGAUUGUGCUCUGCAGUGGCACAAGUUUAGUCAAAGUGUGAAGAAAUACAUCUUCUACCGGGUAGUGAAAGGCAAGCUGCAACCGAUGACCAGCAGUAUGGAUUCCUUUCUGGUAAAGAAGGAGGUGAACGUAAAUGACUCGGGCAGAUACCGGUGCGAUAUGGCAGAUUUGAAGGGAACUGUUUCUGGCUACCUUGACUUCCUAGUACAAGUGGUGCCUGCAGUUGGGAAGACCACGUGGUUCCCCCGGCCGUCACACACAACGAUGACAGUCCCCCUUGCCUUGGGGAUCUCAUCCAGGGCUCCACCCCCUCAAGCCGACUUCUCCGUUUGGAUAGUGAUUGGGGGCACAGGCGGCUUGUUUGUCUUCAUCGUUCUUGCAUUCCUGUUGGCUUACUUUCGUCGUAAGAAGGGGGAAGAAGAUGAGGAAGAUGAUGACGAUGAUGAAAGUGAGAGUGGAUCAUCAGAGCUGGUGGCAAUGUGAAGUCUCAGUCACCCCCCCCCCUUUUCAAGUUCUUCAGACACAGAUUCCUGCCCACAGGUGCUCUUAUAUUGUACUACUAGCUGGUCUACUUUAUUUAACAGUAAUUGAUAAAGAUAGUGGAUAUCUUUUAA